CGAGGAAGACAAACUCGCCUAGCAACCUAGCAAUGGAGGAAAGUUACAUGACAGACCGGUCCCAAGCUCCUGCAGGGUGAGGGUAGCAUGUUCACAUACGUUGGUUAGUGGACGGCUUGUGUGCAUGAAUUCCUCUGUCGUGGAAACCGUCUGCAUGUAACGAAGGAAACAAAUUUGCUACCUUUAUCACUGUCAUUUUUUUUUGGGGAUUGGCAACGUUUGCGGUUAUCGUUCAGGGUUCACCAUGGACGAAGAGGUGACCGCCAGUUUGCACAAGCACCGAAGAACCACCCUAGAGCGCCUGGAAAAAUACAUCUCAGACACAUACUUCACCGAUGUCAAUCUGAGAGGAAAGCUGUACCCAUUUAAGAAAAAUAUUUCAAAAAUAUCACACUGGAGAGUUCCUGGUGGAGAGGGGAGUUGGCAGCAAUGGAGCUUCAGGCAAAUGCUAACACAGAGUUUCACUCCCAUUAAAGUCGGAGAGUCUUUUGGCCCUACUUGGAGUACUCAUUGGUUCAAGAUUGAGAUAGCUAUUCCUGAGGCAUGGAAAGGCCAGCCAGUCCUGUUUCGAUGGAAAAGUCAGUCUGAGGCAAUGAUAUGGAGCAGAAGUGGAGAGCCCUUACAGGGUUUGUCAACAGGCAUUGGUCAUCAAAUGCGUCCUGACUUUUUGAUUAGCCAAAGUUGGAAUGGUUCUGUGGAGCCUCUCAUUUACUACAUCGAGAUGGCUUGUAAUAAUAUGUUUGGUGCAGGGAAGAACGGCAUGAUCAACCCUGUUGAUCAAGAACGUACCUUUACACUGGAGCUGGCAGAAGUAUGCACUCGCGAUGAGAAAGUGUACAAUCUGUUAAUGGAUCUGGAAGUGUUGCAUGACAUGGCAAAAAAACUGUCUGAAGAUUCUAAGGGCUUUGAGGCUCUUUAUGCUGGUAAUCAAAUCAUCAAUCAUAUUGUCAAAAAUGAGAUGAGACAGGCUCGCCAGAUAGCAAGGACUUUCUUUUCUAAGAUUAAUGGUGCUCGAGCCCAUACUCUGGCACUCAUGGGCCAUUGCCACAUUGACAGUGCAUGGUUGUGGCCAUACUCUGAAACCAAGAGAAAGUGUGCCAGAUCUUGGAUUUCCACCCUGCGUCUGAUGGAGGAAUAUCCUGAGAUGAGGUUUGCUUGUUCACAGGCUCAGCAGUUUGCAUGGGUGAAAGAACAUUACCCAUCCAUUUAUGAGAAGAUAAAGAUACAGGUGAAGGCAGGACGGUUCAUCCCAGUUGGUGGAACGUGGGUGGAAAUGGAUGGCCUCCUUCCCAGUGGAGAGUCAUUCAUGCGGCAGUUCCUCUACGGUCAACUUUUCUUCAUGAGGGAAUUCGGCGUCAAGUGUAAAGAGUUUUGGCUUCCAGAUACCUUUGGUUAUUCUUCCCAGAUUCCACAGAUUUGUCAGCAUUUUGGAAUUAGUCGCUUUCUAACUCAAAAGUUGAGCUGGAGCUUGGUGAACAAGUUCCCUCACCAUAACUUCAUUUGGGAAGGACUGGAUGGCAGCACUGUCCUUGCUCACUUCCCACCUGGAGACUCCUAUGAAAUGAAUGUCAAUGUUGAUGAGGCCAUAAGGACAGUCAAUAAUCUUGAGGACAAAGGUCGUGUCUCCACUUCCGCCUUCCUGUAUGGCUAUGGAGAUGGAGGUGGUGGACCUACGAGAGACAUGCUGGAGCGAGCCAGGCGACUGAAGGAUGUGGAUGGAUGCCCAAAGAUGGAGCACAUGUCUCCCGAUGACUUCUUCCGGCGUUUGGAAUCAGAAAAGCACAACUUGUGUCGCUGGGUGGGAGAACUUUACCUUGAGUUACACAAUGGCACUUACACAUCACAGGCUAACACUAAACGUUUAAACCGCGAGUGUGAAUUUGCACUCAGGGAUGCUGAAUUGUUUCUUGCUAUCACUGCUAUGAAAGGUGGCCUAGACAGGCAAACAAUUUACAGACACCAUGAUGCCCUUGUUGAUGCCUGGAAGAAGGUCCUGCUCAACCAGUUUCAUGAUGUGUUACCGGGAACCAGUAUUGGGAUCGUGUACAAAGACAGUGACCAGCUCUACAGAGAAGCCUUGACUGCUGCUGCAAAGACCAGAGUUGCAUGUUUGCCACACAUAAUGCAUGAGUCUGCCCACCAAGGAUCCAGAGAGCAAGCUGUGGCAGUGAACACUCUCCCUUGGCAAGUGCAUCAGGUCAUCAACCUCAAGGAGGACUGUGAUGAACCAACCAGGAAGCGCAUGCGGGUAGAAGGGGAACUGAAUGAGGCUGCUGGUGGAGGUCACUAUAUUGCCGUAGAAAUGCAAGGCAUUGGGUGGUCAAAACUCACCCCCAUAAACCCCCCAGCUGUGAAAGUUUGGAUGGAAAAAGACACCUUUGUUCUAGAAAACAGCUACAUACGAGCAGAGAUUAACAAAAACGGGCAAGUGACAAGUCUAGUGCUUGCUGACCAGCCAGACCAGGAUGUAUUUAGAACACCAGAUGGGUCACAGUGUACUGGGAAUCAGUUGAUGAUUUACGAUGAUAUUCCUCUGUACUGGGAUGCUUGGGAUACUAUGGAUUAUUACUUGGAAACAGCAAAGAUCCUGAACGAAAAGCAGAGUGGCUGCAUACUGUCUGAAAUACAAGUUAUUGAGAAUACCCCAGUGAUGGUGAGACUAGAAUGGAAAAUGAAGAUUAGUGAGGUCUCCGUCCUUAACCAAGAAAUAUCCCUGUCAGCUGUGAAUCCCUACUUAACCUUCCACACACAUGUAAACUGGCAUGAGAAUCGCAAGUUCCUAAAAGUGGGUUUCAACACAGGCAUCAUUGCACGGGAGGCAGCUUUCGACUCGCAGUUUGGCCACUUGUAUCGUCCUACCCACAUGAACACUUCAUGGGACUCGGCUAAGUUUGAAGUGUGUGGCCACAAAUGGGCCGACCUCUCGGAGUAUAACUUUGGUGUAGCAGUUCUCAAUGACAGCAAGUAUGGUUGGACUGCACGUGGUAGCACGCUAAGCCUCUCCUUGCUGCGGUCACCCAAAGCCCCUGACGACCGAUGCGACAUGGGCAAACACUCGUUCAAAUAUGCUCUUAUGCCCCACAGAGGAACACUCCAGAGUGCUGGUGUGCCUCAGCGAGCAUAUGAAUUCAACACAAAUCUGAUAGUUUUCACAACAAAAUUAUCAAGGGAUAGUGAUAUCAAGGUGGAUUGGUUCAGCGUGAUUGGGGAGGGAGUUAUGAUUGAGGCUGUGAAAUUGGCCGAAGAUAAGACCGGGGACGUUGUGGUGCGCCUGUAUGAAAUGCAAGGGGGAAGCCACAGAAUAUGGUUGAAAGCAACAGCCAUUCCUCCUCCAAAAGGUGUCCAUCUCUGCAAUGGACUAGAAGAAUCCUAUCAGCCACUGCCAUUUGAUGCCAAGCCAGCAAAUGUGGGACAGGAUAAUAAAUACUUCUAUAUACCUCUUACCUUCUCUCCAUUCAAAAUUGUGAAUGUUCGCUUCCGAUAUGCCUAAGUCCCACGUCCAUUUUAUACAAAACAGGAAUCUUUUAAAGUUCCUGGAGAAUUAAGCUAAAUUUUUUGUGUGUCAUACUACUCACUUUUUUUGUGUGUGUCAUACUGAAAUGUUAUCUUUGUGUUAGAUGAAUGAUAAUUAUGGCAAAAGAUUGAGGUUUAUGGGAAAGAUAACUGCCUUUGUUGACUUUUAAGGGGAGAGUGAAGGUUGCAGGAUUGGGAAAAGGUGAUGGGUGACUUUGAAUUAGAUAAUUAAGUUGUCAGCUGUAGUUAUAACAUGUCGGGGGAAUACUAAGGUUUUUGGUAUGGUUGUGUCCAUGUUCAGUAGAACUCUGGACAAAAGCACAAAAAAUUAUGGUCAAUAGGCUAGUGUUAUUCUUUGUAAGAGUAUCAAAAGCGCAAAUUUGUUGUUGAUUUUACUGUUGUUCCUUUAAUUUUUGUAAAAGAUAAGAUGUUUGUUGGUAAUAUGUAUUUUAAAGUUAUUUGGCAUCUGUAAUGUUUUUAUAUUUUUUCUUGUUAAAUAUUUAUCUAAACAACCUUAUUAAAUAUAGAUUUAAUUGUUUGAAGCAAAGAUGGAAAAAUAUGUACAAAAGUGUCUAUCACUCCAGAUUUAUGAAACUUGCAUAACUUAUUCCAGAAAUUUACUGAAACCCGAUUUUUUUAUAAUUAUUUAUUAUUGAUUAUCUUUACAUUUUACUAUUCACUAGUUUGAACUUUUUGUUUAUAUAUGUUUAACUGCCCUGUGGUGUAGAUAUAAAGCCUCGUGUAUUAAUGUUCCAGUUUUACUAACAGUGAAUGAGGUGGAUUCACUUUCACUGGUGUCAUAUAUAAAAUGGUAUCUUUAAAUUAUUUUUUCUUAUAUAAACGUUUGCCAAAACUUUAAACGAAAUGCC